AUGACUGUGAUUUUAAUUGUUUUUCAAUCAACGAGCGGUAAAAAUAAUGAAAUCAUAGGGAAUGUAAAAGAUUUAGCAGAUAUUGAAAUUGUAACAGCAUUAGGUAAAGUACGCGGUACAUAUUUAACAUCACAAGCCGGUAGAAAUUUUUAUGCAUUUCGUGGUAUAAGAUAUGCACAACCGCCAAUUGGAUUUUUACGUUUUAAAGCUCCGGUAGCUGUCGAACAAUGGUUUGAUAUAUUUGAUGCAACAAAAGAUGGACCAAUGUGUCCACAAGAUGGUACAACAACUGAUGAUAUGUCUGAAGAUUGUUUACGUUUAAAUAUUUAUACACCUGAUCUACCAAGAUCUGAUUCUGUAAAUGAAGAAAUUAAAAAACCAGUUAUUGUAUUUUUACAUCCUGGUGGAUUUUAUUCAUUAUCGGGACAAAGUAAAAAUUUUGCCGGACCACAUUAUUUUAUGGAUAGAAAUGUUGUUUUAGUAACAUUAAAUUAUCGAUUAGGAUCAUUAGGAUUUUUAAGUACUGGUACAUUAGAUUCUAUCGGUAAUUUUGGUUUAAAAGAUCAAGUAAUGGCAUUAAAAUGGUUAAAAUUACAUAUAUCACGUUUUGGUGGUGAUCCUGGAUCUAUAACAUUACUUGGUUAUGGUGCUGGAGCAAUGGCUAUCAGUUUACAUAUGAUUUCACCUAUGUCAAAAGGUUUAUUUCAUAAAGUAAUAUUAAUGAGUGGUUCAGCUACUGCUCAAUGGGAAAUACCAAAACAUCAAUUACAUUUAGCACGAAAACAUGGUGCUUUAAUGAAUUGUACUGAUCAUAAUACAAUGGAAUUAGUAAAUUGUUUGAAAAAAAAAGAUGCUACAGAAAUUGCUAGUAAACAAAAUGAAUUAUUCGAAUUCGGAAAAUAUAAUCCAUUUUUAGUAUGGAAACCAGUUAUUGAACCAGAUUUAGGGCAAGAAAGAUUUCUUGAUGAUGAUCCAAUUAAAUUAUAUCAACGCGGUAGAUUUAUGAGAAUACCAAUAAUAGCUGGUGUAACUGAUAAAGAAUUUGUUGGACCUGCAAUUGCAAUUUUACAAAAUGAAACGUUACGUAGAGAAAUGGAUGAGAAAUUUGAUGAUUUAGCUCCAAUUUGUUUCCUAUAUGAACGACAUACUCCAAGAUCUAAUUUAAUAAGCAAACGUAUACGAAAGAAAUAUCUUGGUGGAGGUUUAUUACAUCCGGAACGUUCAUUGGAAGGUUUAUCUCAGCUUUAUGCUGACAGUCUUAUUGGAUUCGGUGUACAUCGUUUUGUACGAUUGACUGCAAGAUUAACUAGAGUUUUUUACUAUCAAUUUAGUUAUACCGGUAGAUUUAGUCAUCUAUAUUAUCCAGAAGAUAAACCAUAUGGUGCUGUUCAUCAUGAUGAUUUAAUGUAUCUAUUUACACAACCAUCAAUAACAUCAAUGUUUGCUGAUGAUGAUCCAGAAUAUCGAAUGAUGCAAAAAAUGACUAGAAUGUGGGCAAAUUUUGCUUAUAAAGGCGAUCCAAAUAAAAAUAAUGAUGAAUAUUUACGGGCAAUGAGAUGGAGACCAUUUAAUUAUAGAGCUGAACCAUACUUGCGUAUUGGAAAAGAUUUACAAAUGGCAGAAUUUUUACAUCCUGAUAGAUUUGAGUUAUGGAAAGAUUUGUUUCCAUUGAAUUGGUUACCGCCACGAAGAGGAAUUAUUGGUUUCGGUUAA